GGACUGUUCACUAACAUCGCAAAAGAAUUUAUGACCUGGAAAGACCACUAUCAUCACGAAGACACUCCGUAUAUCAUGCCUAGCGAAACCUUUCUUGAGUACAUGCGCGAGUAUGUCAACAAGUUCGAACUUGCCCAGUACAUCGAGUUCAACCGGACUGUCACAUCGCUUAGGAGAGUGGAAGAAGUCGAAGAGACCAACCAUAAAUUUAAGAUUGAGCAUGUCCACACUAACAUCAAGGAAGAUUCAGAGGUCUCGGAGGAAUACUUUGAUUAUAUCAUAGUUUGCAAUGGACAUUACUCAACUCCAAAAAUUCCAGACUUCAAAGGAAAAGAUAAAUUCAAGGGAUUUCAGAUGCACAUGCAUUCGUUGAGAAGAAUUGAGCCAGAAGAUUUUGAUGAUAGAAAUGUAUUAAUAGUUGGAUCAUGCUUAAGUGCGAAUGAUUUGUUAAUCAAUAUCUUCUUUAUUGAGAAUACUAAAAACCUUGUUCAUCCUAGAAAGAUAUUCAUCACCAGUCGAUCGACAACUUUAUUAGAGAAAUCUGAAGACUAUAAGGAUAUUCAGGAUCAAAAUCUCCUUGAAAUCAAGUCCGGAAAUAUUACUGAAAUCAAAAAAGAUUCAGUAGUCUUUGGAGAUGACUCUGAAGAACAAAUUGACACUAUCAUCUAUGCUACUGGGUACAAAUAUUCUUUCCCAUUCAUUGACCCUGACCAGAAAAUAGUAGAGUUUGAUUCCAAGAGAACUAAUGGCUGUUAUUUUGGACCUUUGUACAAAAAGAUGUUUUGAAUCAAUGAACCGAAUCUAUUCUUUAUUGGUCUUGUCCAGUAUCUUCCUUUAAUGCAUUCAACAUUUGAAAGACAAAUAUUACUUGCUAAAGAAGUUAUCCAAGGAAAAAUUACACUUCCAUCCAAACAAGAAAUGCUUGAUGAUUUUACAUUAGAAGUUCGGAAUCAUGAGCAGACAGACAAAGACAUGAGUUAUUUCUAUAAGUUUGAUCCUGAAGGAUACAGUUUUACUGACUAUAACAAAGAUUUAGAGAAACUCACUUCAAUGGAAGUCGAUACUACAAACUAUUCAGCUUUGAUGCCUGCUUUUGAUGCAAAGUCUGUAGUUAUGAAAACAGGGAAUGAACUCCAAGUUAAGAGCUUCGAUUACUCACCAUAUCUUGGUGGCAUUGAUUUCAAACCCACAAGCAGUAAGUUUUAG